AUAUUGGAAUCCCAAAACUCAAGAAGUCAUCAUACAAUCACACGACCUGUUACAUCAUUGGACAACUGUAUAUGCACACAGCCAUAAUGCUCAUCCCCACAGCCUCCAACCCCACCCAAUCUUGUGUUGCCUCCCACCGCCUGCCCAUGCCCCCUCUAAUCUCAACAAUCCCACAAACCCAAAAACCCUGUUUGAAGUAAAAAUCCACAAUUUCCCCAUAAAAACAAAAUCAAGAAAAUGCCCACAAAAUAAUGUUUCUGAAUUCUCUGAAUCUUGGGUUCUUGCAGUGGUUCUGUAGUUAAAAAUUCCUCAGAAACUCUUACUUUUCAGCCCCGGCUUUUCCUGAACUCUACCUUCCAUGUUUGAGCAAACCCUAGAUCUGUCCCCCUCUUAGAUUUUUUGAAAGUGAAAGGAGAUAUAUUGGUUGAAGGCUUUUUGGUGUGGCUUGAAGAGAAGGGGAGUAAUUAGAGGGAAAGAUGAGUGGGACCGGAUCGUCGGUAGCGGUGGGGAUCGGGGGAGCAGGAGGGGAACUGGGGUAUGGGAGGUGCAGACCACCAUUUACAGCAAUGCAGUGGCAGGAGCUGGAGCAUCAAGCCAUGAUAUAUAAGUACCUUGUGGCUGGCUUGCCCGUCCCACCUGAUCUUGUCAUUCCCAUUCGACACAGCUUCGAGGCACUGUCUGCUCGGUUCUUCCACCACCCAUCUUUUGGAUAUUGUUCCUAUUAUGGGAAGAAAUUUGACCCUGAGCCAGGGAGAUGCCGGAGGACAGAUGGGAAGAAAUGGAGGUGCUCCAAAGAUGCGCAUCCGGACUCCAAAUAUUGUGAGCGGCACAUGCACCGAGGCCGCAACCGUUCAAGAAAGCCUGUGGAAACUCAUUCUACUUCACAAUCCUUAUCAACUGCAACUUCGCACAUCACUAGUGGGAGCAGUGGUAACAGUGGAAGCUACCAAACUGGUGGCAAUGUAAGCUUCCAAAACAUGCCCUUGUAUUCUGUUAGUUCAGAAGGCUCGUCUUUUGGGAACAAUGUGACAAAGCUGCAUAUGGAGCCUGUACCCUAUGGGAUCAAUAACAAAGAGUACAGGUACAUUCAUGGACUUGCUCCUGAUGCUGAUGAGAACACUUACUCCCCAGAAGGUUGUGGAAGUGUGGGAGGCCUCAAACUGGGCACUAGUGUUGGCAGCAGCACAUGGUAUCUCACGCCUUCUCAACUUCCGCCAAACCUUUCUCUAAAACAGAAAUCUGAUUCUCAGUUUCUGGGCCACUCGUCCCCUCAACUGCAUAUGCCCCAAGCUUUUGUGCCUAUUGACACCAUGUUGUCAAAACAUCAGCAGCAACACUGCUUUUUGGGCAGUGAUAGUGGUUCACCUGGACCCGCAAAGCAGGAGCAACAUUCUGUGCAUCCCUUCUUCAGCGAGUGGCCUACAACAAAGGAAUCGUGGUCCAAUUUGGAUGAGAAUGAAACCAACAAAAAUGCAUUCUCUACUACUCAGUUGUCCAUCUCAAUUCCAAGGUCGUCUUCUGAAUUUUCCUCAGGGAGUGGUUGUUCACCAAAUGAUGCUUGAAGAUGGAUAAUUAUUAUAAUUAUUCCGAUCAGUCCUUGCUGCUGGCAAAGGAUGGUGAUUUACAUGAUCUUUGACUGUGCAAGGUUUAUGUACUUUCGUGUUGUUUUUUCUAGGACAUGGGACAAAUUUGGUUGUGGUGUAAAACUCGCUAAUGCUCGAGUUCAACAUGAGGAAUAAAUGUAAUUAACUGGCUUCUUUUCGCCUAUGAGCUUAUACUCUCUCGAGAAUAUGUAAAUUAUCCUAUCAAUUCAGGCGCGUGCAGCGAAUCCUUGUUUUGAGCUGGGUUCUUAUA